AAACAAACAAAACGCUGAGAAAAUCAGCAACUCUACUAGAUCUGUUUGGUUUCUUAGAUUCGUUAAACUCAUGCUUUUGGUAACAAUCUAUUAGGGUUUACAUUCACACUAACUUGCAGAUUGCGAUUUGCUGUGUGAAUAGUAAAGUUUCGUUCUUUAUUAGAGUUGAUGAUUCCAAAAGCAAGAGACCUUUUGUUUUUGUGUGUACUUGUAGUUUGAAGCCAGUUAGGUUUAUCUGUGUUUGACUGUAUGAAUUAUUUUAUUAUUUACUUAAGAUUCUGUAGUGUGUGGGUGUCUAGAUUCCUAUUAAACAAUGCUUAAUUACUCACUUUUUUCCAUGCUCCUUAUCAUUAGCGGUUUCAAAGAUGCGUUUUUUAAUCAUUCUUUUAUAAGAUAACGAAUUAACUAUACAGUUUAUAAUCAGUCCAGGUUUAUAUUUUGCCAAAACCAAUUAGAAACAUUCGUGCCCAGUUGUUGCUUGUUGUGAACAUUGUUAAAGAGAAUAGUUGUUACUGAAUUUUUUAUAUUCAACUCUAAUGAAGAACGGCCAGAGCACACAGGAGAUGCAGUCCUCUACACAAGUUUCACAUGAGUCCCAAGGCGAACAGAAGAACAACCAGUCAUUAGAAGCUCCUAUACAAGACUCUGGUUCUGUCUCUGCCUCAAGUAAUGACGGUAGGAAGGUGUCAAGGCAAGAUAUCGAACUCGUCCAAAAUUUGAUCGAGAGAUGUCUUCAGCUGUACAUGAACAGAGAUGAGGUCGUCAAGACCCUCUUGACCCGUGCAAGAAUUGACCCUGGAUUCACAACUUUAGUAUGGCAGAAACUGGAAGAAGAGAACGCUGAUUUUUUCAGAGCUUAUUACAUCAGACUGAAACUGAAGAAGCAGAUCAUUGUGUUCAAUCACUUGCUUGAGCACCAGUAUCACCUCAUGAAGUAUCCUGUUCAUCCUAAAGUCCCAUUGGUCCCUAUGCAGAAUGGGAUUCAUCCUAUGGCCCCUGUUAACAACAUGCCAAUGGGAUACCCAGUACUACAACAUCCUCAAAUGCAUGUUCCAGGCCAUCCUCAUAUUGAUGCAAUGGGGAUGUCAAGCUGCCACGUGGUUAAUGGAGUCCCUGCACCUGGGAACUUCCAACCUAUGAGGAUGAACUCAGGGAAUGAUAUGGUAAUAGAUACAACUGCGGCUGAUCCAACUCCUCCAAUGAUUCCACCAAACAAUGGUAUGUCAUCAGUGUCGGAGAUGCCGGUGAGUCCAGCUUCCGUGGCGUCAAGUGGACACUUCCCUUUUGCUGCUUCAGACAUGUCAGGGAUGGGGAUGGACACGUCAGCUCUUGAUUCUGCUUUCACAUCUGAUGUGGGGACUUCAGUGGGGUUGCAGCUUGGACCAGAUGGAGGAGCUGGUAAUUCCAGAGACAACCUGAGGCCUUUUGAUCAGAUUCCUUGGAACUUUAGCCUCUCUGAUCUCACUGCUGAUUUGUCAAAUCUUGGAGACUUAGGGGCGUUAGGAAACUAUCCUGGUUCCCCAUUUCUUCCAUCUGAUUCAGAGAUUUUACUUGAUUCUCCGGAACAAGAGGACAUAGAGGAGUUCUUUGUGGAUUCGAUCCCAGGACCUUCAUGUCCUCAGUCAGAUGAAGACAAGCCUUAGUUACUGUAAUCUCGAGUCUUAGUCAAGCCAUGAUAAUCUGAUCAACUGGAAGCAAGCAAGGAAGGUGUUACUGGUUCCUAGCGUUUCAGAAUAUCAUAGGGGUUUCAUGAUCUCUGUUGAAGGCUAAUAAAUUAUACUAAAAGAUUAAUUGGUUAGUAGUGGUCAGCUUUUUAAGUUGUAUUUGCACUUUUUUUUAUUUUGAGAAUGAGUAAGCAUUGUAGAGACCAUAUCAUCGUAUAAUAUGUCACAGUUAUCUAUCUCAAUUUCCUCCAUUUUCCUGUGGA